UGUCCAUUAUAUAGGAGUGACAGUCAUCAGCAACUCAGACCAAGAGAGGCCAUGAUGAACCUCCGCAGCCACACCGCGAGAAACAAGAGUAUGGAGCGGCUCCCAAACGAAGUGCUGCUGGAGGUAAUGAUGUACCUGUCCGUCGAGGACCUCUUCGCCUGCCGCCUCGUGAGCAAGAGGCUUGCGGCGCUAGCCAUGCAUCCUUACCUGUGGCGGCGGGAGUGGCGAUACGUCUCCAGCCACGUCUACAAUCGCUCACGUUGCUACGCGUGCCCGGCGCUGCGCCUGGCGCCGUGCUUGACCGACGUGUCCGUUGAAGUCCCGUCGGCGCGGAAUACCCCGCUGUACAAGGAGACCAGGUGCGCCGUAUCGAGUUUGAGCGUAGGUCUAAAGGAGGGGGCGGCCGGCGCAGCCCUCGAGGCAGCCUUGGUGAUACGGAACCAGGAGGCGCUCGGGCGCAUGACAAGUCUACACCUAUUCAUGGACAGUGACGUGGAUGCCAGCCAAGCCGCUGUGCUAUUAGAGACGGUGGCGUUGGUAUCUGGACUAAAGAAACUCACAGUUUUUAAUAGUUUCCCGUUAUCUGAACCCCCUAUAAAUGGUGUGUACGGAUUGUGGCCGAGGUCAUCCCUGACACACUUUUCAUCUGAGCUUAGCCCGGAAUCGGAGGUAUUUUGCAACUUUGUUCUGGCCGCGCACGCCGCCACCCUAGAAGACGUGUCUCUCUAUGAAGGGACCUCGACCUCGACGGCGGCGCUUCUAGCUGGCAUGCCAAAGCUCCGUGAGCUUGAGUGCUGCGCGCUGCCUGGGAUGGAGGCCGUGGCAGCGUGCGAGUCGCUGCGGGAGUUGACACUCCACAUCACGAGCGACACAGAGCGCCUCGAGUUGCGAGCGGCCGCGGCCUUCCUGGGCGGCGCCACGCAGCUGCUCGGGGUGGUCCUGGAGUACGACGAAGGCGCUGGCUCCGCGCCCGCCACUCUCGACAUGGACUUGAUCCUGGCCCUGGCGGCGACCGGGCGGUCGCGCGUCGAGACGCUAGACAUCUAUACCGACCCUCAAGAUGACGACGACGACAACUUCUGCCCUCACGCGAGGUCGCUGCUACAGGCGCUGCCCCACCUGCCUGCGCUCCGGGCCCUGAGCGUGGGGUGCGUGCCUGACGCGCUGCUGCUCGGCAUCACUCCCCGCACGGCCCAGGCGC